AUGACGUAUAUGAUGCUUAUUGAUGGCAAGGAUGAAGUAUACAUGAUUGACAGAGACAAUUCGGCGUUUCAUGUAGCAAACCUGGAGUUUCCUCUUCGGAAAGAUCUGCGUCUUCAUUUGACUAGCACCCUUUUGGAUGGGGAAAUGAUCAUUGACAAAGUAGAUGGAAGACCUGUUCCUCGGUACUUGAUUUAUGACAUAGUAAAGUUUAGUGGGAAACCAGUUGGCGACUGUGAUUUUAAUGUUCGAUUGAGCUGUAUUGAGAAGGAGAUAAUACAGCCACGGCAUGAAAAAAUGAAGAGUGGGCGGAUUGACAAAACAAGGGAACCGUUCAGUGUUCGAAACAAGCCAUUCUUUGACAUUAAUGCUGCAAGAAAGCUUCUGGAAGGAAGUUUUGCUCGUGAAGUCAGCCAUGAAGUGGAUGGACUAAUUUUUCAACCAACUGGGAAAUACAAACCUGGUCGAUGUGAUGAUAUAUUGAAGUGGAAACCUCCAAGCCAAAAUUCUGUUGACUUCCGUUUGAAAAUAACUAAAUUUGGAGGAGAAGGCUUACUGACACAGACUGUUGGACUACUAUAUGUUGGCAAUUAUGAACGCCCUUUUGCCCAGAUGAAGGUAAACAAAGAACUGAAAAUGUAUGACAACAAGAUCAUUGAAUGCAAGUUUGAGAACAACAGCUGGGUUAUUAUGCGUGAAAGAGUAGACAAGAGCUUCCCAAAUUCCUAUGACACAGCUAUGGCUGUUUGUGGCAGUAUCAAUAAUCCAGUUACGAAGGAAUUCCUGUUUGAGUUCAUUGAACGGAAUCAGAUGCAAUCCCAAAGAGAGCCAAGGAAAAGGUCUCUGGAUAUGGACUCUGAACUAAUGCCUCCACCACCUCCAAAGCGACCAAAUCAUGCUUUGACCACUUCCAGUUGAGAAGCAAUGGAGUAAAUGAGUGAUUGAGUGAGCAUUGCCAGGAGGAAUUUGGAGCAUUGGAGGAGAAGAAAAUGUUUCCGUGAAAUUAUGAGAAGUUAGGUGAGGGAUAGUGUAUUUGUGAACCGAAUGCUGAGGAGAGAGAGUACUACUUUGACAUCUGAAAAAUGGAUGGCGGGCAUCAAAUAUAGGAACGUGACUGUCGAGACAAUCUUUGACAAAAUGAUUGUCUGGUUGCUCUGUUAAAAAUCCAUAUGUGACUUAGAUUGUUAAUCUUGGGGGGAAAAAAGACAAAAAUUUAUGAAGUACAGGUUUAUUUAAAAUUAACCAGAAUGUACCAGUUUUAAUAAAAAGAAAUUGAAUGUUUUGUGUA